AUGGAACAGUCAGAAUUACAAGCAGUCGAAUACUGCUUCGAAUCUAAUUCUUCCUGCCUGAAGGAAGUGCGAUCUCCAGCUGUGUAUGUGGUGAUGUAUAUUUCUGCAGUGGCAGUGGUGGUGCUGACAGUGUGUGGAAACCUGGUGGUGAUCAUCUCUAUCUCUCAUUUCAAGCAGCUCCACACACCAACAAACUUCAUAAUGCUUUCUCUGGCUGUGGCAGACUUUCUAGUAGGAACAAUUGUGAUGCCUGUCUCCUCGUUUUUUUUAAUAGAAACCUGUUGGUAUUUUGGGGAAAUGUUUUGCAUACUUUAUAAAAUCUUGUUUUUCUUCCUCACUUCUGUUUCAAUUGGUAAUGUUGCAUGCAUAGCUAUUGACCGCUAUUUUGUUGUGUGUCACCCAUUACUUUAUUCUACUAAAGUCAAAGUUAAUAUUUUCAUAGUUGCUCGAAAGCAUGCACGAGCAAUCAGCACUGUUACAGAGCAGAUGCGUUCAGCAGAUGGAGGCAAUAAUAAAAUUUCCACAAAAUCUGAAAGGAAAGCUGCAAAAACAUUAGGAAUAUUAGUGAUUGCAUUUCUGCUCUGUUUGAUACCAUAUUAUAUAUGCAGUCUCGUUCUUAAAAAUGUGGACCGGUCCUCUUUAGUACUUCGUGUUCUAGGUUGGCUGUUCUUUUUUAAUUCAGUCAUCAAUCCUAUAAUUUAUGCUUUGUUUUAUCCCUGGUUCCAGAAGUCUGUUAACCUGAUUGUUACCCUUAAGAUAUUUAAAACAGGAUCCUCCCUGAUAAACCUGUUUUCUAAAGAGAUUUAA